AUGUCAGGGGCCACAUAUACCCAGGCACGAAUGAACCGUGGCAUCACGCCCAAGAGCUCAGCACCACGCUAUGCCUUAAAAGCACCAGAGCGACAAGUCGCUUUUCGGCUAGAACAUAUCGCGAUGGAGAAAACAACGCUACUCUUCAAACCGCAUGGCGAUCCCGAGUCAGAUCAUGCCUACAAGAUCUCGGACGAAGAGGGCUCUCCAGUAUUCACAGCGACCGGUCGAAAAUACAAUGAUCGCUCGUGUCGAGAACUCCGCAACUCAUCCGGGCUACCGUUAUUCGAUAUCCACACCAAACCCUUGUCAAAUCCUCUGGGCUGGGUCGUUACCUUGCCCGGAACCAAAAUCAGCAAGGCGACAAUAGCAAAGGCGACACCGAAGUUGACUUGGAAUAGCAUCAACUUGGUCUUCUCGUUUCGAAAUGGCGCGGCUGAAGACAGAAAAAGCGAGGAGGAUAAGCAGCUCACGCUAACGGUGAAGAAACACGGGGAGGCGCUGGCCUUUUUUGAUAUUGUGGAUGGGGACAGGAGGAUUGCUGAAUUGCGCGAGAGUAUCACCCACAACGAGAGACUGGCUUUGAGGAAAAUGAAGCGCGGAGGAGGCCAUCGCCCUGCCUUGGAUCUCAUUGUGAGCCCUGGUGUUGAUAUUUCACUGGUCACGGUAAUUGCGGUCAUUGUGUCUGACUGGUUCUUUGGAUCGGGUUAA